AUGAUGGAAGACGACAUGAAUAUUGAGCCUAUUGAUCAACGCGGCACCAAGCGCGUAGCAGAGGGGGAUGAGCCUCUGGAACCCCCUAAACCGAAGAAGAUCAAGGCUUUGGAUCCCGAUGUCGUAAAUAAAAUUGCUGCUGGGGAGAUUAUCGUUGCUCCAAUGCACGCACUGAAAGAGCUCAUCGAAAACGCCGUCGAUGCUGGCUCCACCUCAAUUGAAGUCCUGGUUAAGGAAGGGGGUCUGAAACUACUCCAGAUUACUGAUAAUGGCCAUGGCAUUGAUCGAGAUGAUCUUCCUAUCCUCUGCGAGAGAUUUACUACGUCUAAACUGAAAGAGUUUGAAGAUCUGACCUCCAUUGGAACAUACGGAUUCCGGGGUGAAGCUCUAGCUAGUAUCAGUCACAUCGCACAUCUGACGGUUACAACGAAAACUGCUGGAUCCAGCUGCGCCUGGCGAGCACAUUACGGAGAUGGCAAGUUGAUACCGGCAAAGCCAGGCCAGAGUUCUGCACCAAAGGCAACGGCUGGCCGAGGAGGAACUCAAAUUACCGUCGAGGAUCUCUUCUAUAAUGUCCCCACUCGACGGAGAGCUUUCCGCUCGGCAAGCGAGGAAUAUGCCAAAAUUCUCGAUGUCGUUGGCCGGUACGCAGUGCAUUGCUCCGGAGUCGCUUUCUCAUGCCGCAAGCACGGAGACUCCGGUGUGAGCAUCUCGACUCCAGUAAGCGCAAAUACCGUCGACCGAAUCCGCCAGAUUCACGGCAGUGCCGUGGCGAACGAGGUCGUUGAAUUCAAAACCGAGGAUACAAAGUUCGGAUUUCGCGCAUCCGGCUUCGCUACCAACGCCAACUAUCAUGUCAAGAAGACAGUGAUUCUUCUUUUCAUUAAUCACCGCGCAGUGGAGUCAACUGCUGUUAAGCGUGCAGUUGAGCAGACUUACUCUGCGUUUUUGCCCAAGGGCGGCCACCCUUUCGUCUAUCUUGAUCUCGAGAUCGAGCCUAACCGCGUCGACGUCAAUGUACACCCAACAAAGCGUGAAGUGAAUUUCCUGAAUGAAGACGAGAUCAUCGAGCUUGUUUGCACUGAAAUCAGAUCCAAACUGGCCGAGGUGGACUCGAGUCGCACAUUCCUAACACAAAGCCUCCUACCUGGCGUGCAGACCAUCGAGUCUCUACAACGUGAUCAAGGCGCCCCAGCCCAUGAGGGAACAGGAGAGGCAACUAAAGCCGGAACGACACCUAAAACACCCGCAACGACAAAGAAACCCUACGAAAACAACCUCAUCCGAACAGAUUCCAAAGUCCGCAAAAUCACAGCAAUGCUAGGCCCAGCCACAGCCUCACCCCGCGACCCAUCCAACCCAGACGCACCCACAGAAACCGACACCCCAACAAAAUCAAUACUAGACAACGGCCUCCAAUACGAAACAACAGAUCGCCAACCCCUAAAGAUUGCCCUCUCAUCCGUCAAGAGUCUCCGAGCUGCCGUCCGCUCCGAAAUGCACAACACAUUGACAGAGACGUUCGCGUCCCACACAUAUGUCGGAUUAGUCGACGAGCGACGCCGACUCGCCGCAAUCCAAUCAGGCGUGAAACUGUACCUAAUCGACUACGGCCUCGCAUGCCACGAAUUCUUCUACCAAGUGGGCCUAACCGACUUCGGGAACUUCGGGGUAAUCCGACUCGACCCAGCGCCGAAGUUGGUAGAUCUACUGAAAAUCGCCGCAGAAUCAGAACGGCAAGAGCACCCCGACUCGAACGGGGAAGAGGCCGAUUCCAUCUUCGCUAAUGCACCGGAGAUGAUAGCACGCACGCUCGUCGAGCGUCGCGAGAUGCUGAAUGAGUACUUUUCGCUGCAGAUUAGUCCCGACGGAGACUUGCUUACUAUCCCGCUGUUGCUGAAGGGGUAUCUGCCUGCGCUGGCUAAACUACCUCGUUUCCUACUGAGGCUUGGGCCGUAUGUGGACUGGAGUAGUGAGGAGGGUUGUUUCCGUACGUUUUUGCGUGAGCUGGCUGCCUUUUACACGCCGGAGCAGCUUCCAGUCCUUUCGCAGCCUGGUGCCCAGGAUGGGUUGGGGGAGUCGGCUAUGCAGGGGCCGGUGGUAGCCGAUGACUCCGGGGUCGAGGACGAAGAUGCGUUUGUUAGGGCCCGUCGUGCGCAGAUGGUUCGCAUGUUGGAGUAUGCUGUUUUCCCGGCUCUGCGUGCACGGCUUGUUGCCACGUCACGGCUGCUGCGGGGUGUGGUUGAGGUUGCAGAUCUGAAGGGGCUGUACCGGGUGUUUGAGCGCUGUUGA